UAGAGGAAAGAGAAAAAAAUAAAAACGUCUCGUGCCCCGUUGCCUGUUCCGUCACGAGCCUUUUCCGUUGGUACUGACCGAGCGGAAAGGCGCGUAAACCGGCGACGUGCAAAUCGUGUAGCGUUUUAACGUGAACCUCAGAAACAUAAAUUAGUUGAGCGUGUUGUGCGUGUCGAGUUGUGUGUGAUGUAGAGUGUCCUGACCGUGUCGUAGCGCUAGCUUAGCUGUGUAGCUAACUGACUCACAGGACACCGAAUCGGUUCGUUUGUCCGUCGUGUCGACUCUAAUAACCUCAACAACCGGCGACGGUUAGUUAGUAAUUAUACGGACCGCUCGUCAGUCGGUGGGUUUGUGGACAUCCGGAGUGAAUCUUUGCUUUGACUCGGUUUGAAUGAAAGGAAACGUUAAGUGACAUUUAGGACCUAAAGCUCUGAGACAGUGACCUCAAUCCAGCCGUGUUUCUGACAGGAUCCUCCCGCUAGCAUCGUUAGCAACAUAGCGCUAAAUAACACAUGAAAACACCAAGGACCACAAUCACUAUAGCUUCUCUGCUAACGCCGUGUUUUUGCUAACUGGCCCAUUCUGUUCCAGACACAUUUCCAUCUGGGAGAAAUUUGCUAGCAGACACACACACACACACACACACACACAGAGUAAAGACAGAAAAGAGGGAAAGAUGCCGGCCGUGUCGAAGGGAGACGGGAUGCGGGGAUUAGCCGUGUUCAUCUCGGACAUCAGAAACUGCAAAAGUAAGGAGGCUGAGAUCAAGCGCAUCAACAAGGAGCUGGCCAACAUUCGCUCUAAGUUUAAAGGAGAUAAGGCUCUGGAUGGAUACAGCAAGAAGAAGUAUGUGUGUAAGCUGCUCUUCAUCUUCCUGCUGGGCCAUGACAUUGACUUUGGCCACAUGGAGGCUGUGAACCUGCUCAGCUCCAACAAGUACACAGAGAAACAGAUUGGUUACCUGUUCAUCUCUGUGUUGGUGAACAGCAACAGUGAACUGAUCAGGCUGAUCAAUAAUGCCAUAAAGAAUGACCUGUCCAGCAGGAACCCCACCUUCAUGUGUCUGGCACUGCACUGCAUCGCCAACGUGGGCAGCAGGGAGAUGGCCGAGGCCUUCGCUGGAGAGAUCCCACGCAUCCUGGUGGCAGGGGACACAAUGGACAGUGUAAAACAGUCGGCUGCUCUGUGUCUGCUGCGUCUGUAUAAAACAUCUCCAGACCUGGUGCUGAUGGGAGAGUGGACGUCCAGAGUGGUACAUUUACUGAACGAUCAGCACAUGGGUGUGGUCACCGCAGCGAUCUCCCUCAUCACCUGCCUUAGCCAGAAAAACCCAGAUGAGUUUAAGACGUGCGUGUCCUUGGCCGUGUCCCGUCUGAGCAGGAUCGUGUCAUCAGCAUCCACCGACCUGCAGGACUACACAUAUUACUUUGUUCCUGCUCCCUGGCUUUCCUGUAAGUUACUGCGUCUUCUGCAGUGCUACCCUCCUCCUGAGGAUGGCGCCGUUAAAGGCCGUCUGGUUGAGUGUCUGGAGACGAUUCUCAACAAAGCACAGGAACCUCCCAAAUCCAAAAAGGUGCAGCACUCCAAUGCCAAGAAUGCCAUCUUGUUUGAGGCUAUUGCUCUCAUCAUUCACUAUGACAGUGAGCCGAACCUGCUGGUGCGAGCCUGUAAUCAGCUGGGUCAGUUCCUGCAGCACAGAGAAACUAACCUGCGCUACCUGGCCUUAGAGAGCAUGUGCACACUCGCCAGCUCAGAGUUCUCCCACGAGGCCGUCAAAACACACAUCGAGACGGUCAUCAACGCCCUCAAGACGGAGCGUGAUGUGAGUGUGCGUCAGAGGGCAGCUGAUCUUCUCUAUGCAAUGUGUGACCGCAGUAAUGCUAAGCAGAUUGUGGCUGAGAUGUUAAGUUACCUGGAGACGGCGGAUUACUCCAUUCGGGAGGAGAUGGUGCUGAAGGUGGCCAUCCUGGCUGAGAAGUAUGCAGUGGACUACUCCUGGUAUGUGGACACCAUUCUUAACCUGAUACGCAUUGCUGGAGACUAUGUGAGCGAGGAGGUGUGGUACCGCGUCAUCCAGAUCGUCAUCAACCGUGACGACGUCCAGGGUUAUGCAGCCAAGACCGUCUUUGAGGCCCUUCAGGCUCCGGCUUGUCACGAGAACAUGGUGAAGGUCGGUGGUUACAUUCUAGGAGAGUUUGGAAACCUUAUUGCUGGUGAUCCUCGUUCAAGCCCAUUGGUUCAGUUCAACCUGCUCCACUCUAAGUUCCACCUGUGUUCGGUUCCUACUCGUGCCCUACUCCUCUCUGCCUACAUAAAGUUCAUUAAUUUGUUUCCUGAGACAAAGAUUACUAUCCAGGAGGUUCUGCGCUGUGAUAGUCAGAUCAGGAACAGUGAUGUGGAGCUCCAGCAGAGAGCCGUGGAAUAUCUGAAACUGUCCUCCAUCGCCAGCACCGAUGUCCUGGCUACAGUGUUGGAGGAGAUGCCCCCAUUCCCUGAGAGAGAGUCCUCCAUCUUGGCCAAACUGAAGAAGAAAAAGGGUCCUGGUGCCGUGUCCGGGAAUGAACUGGAGGACGGAAAGAGAGAGGGAGGGGAGCUCAAUGGAGGAGGAGGAGAGCGGUCUGGAGACAGCUCUGCCAUUGCAGCAUCCAAUGCAUCCACUCCUUCUCCGUCAGCUGAUCUCCUUGGUCUCCGCUCCUCCGCCCCAGUGAAUGCAGCCCCGCCCAGUUCAGGCAGCUUAUUGGUGGAUGUAUUCUCAGAGGCGGGGCCUGCUGCUCCGGCUGCUGCGGUCAGUGAUGAUGGCUUCCUCAGCUCUGCUCCUCCCUCUGUGCCCUCUGAGGAUCCUGCACCUCCUCUACCUGAGUCAGACGAGCUGCUUAACAAGUUUGUGUGUAAGAAUAAUGGAGUACUAUUUGAGAAUCAGCUGCUUCAGAUUGGCAUAAAGUCAGAGUAUCGUCAGAACCUUGGGAGAAUGUAUUUGUUCUAUGGCAAUAAGACGUCAGUGCAGUUCGUCAGCUUCACAACCACUGUUAGCUGCCCAGGAGAGCUGCAGUCUCUGUUGAAUGUUCAGCUGAAACCUGUGGCUCCUCUGGUUGAAGGUGGCGCUCAGGUGCAGCAGGUCAUCAACAUUGAGUGCCUGUCUGACUUCUGUGACGCACCGCUUCUCAACAUCAAGUUCAGGUAUGGUGGAGCUCUGCAGAACCUCACACUCAAACUCCCUGUCACUAUCAACAAGUUCUUCCAGCCCACUGAGAUGGCCUCAAAUGACUUCUUUCAACGCUGGAAACAACUGAGCCUACCCCAACAGGAGGCACAGAAGAUCUUUAAGGCAAACCAUGCCAUGGACACAGAAGUGAUCAAAGCCAAGUUGUUGGGAUUAGGUACUGCUCUUCUGGAGAACGUGGAUCCAAACCCUGAGAACUUUGUGUGUGCUGGAGUAGUUCAGACCAAGGCACAGCAGGUUGGCUGUCUCCUGAGACUCGAACCCAAUGCACAGGCCCAGAUGUACCGGUUGACUCUGCGCAGCAGUAAGGACACUGUUGCUAAGCGUCUGUGUGAGUUGCUGGCAGAACAGUUCUAGAACCUGGCUUCUAAAACCAGUGCGCUUUCUAGAACCAGAGCAGACCAGCGUCCAACCCUCCUCCCUCCUCCCUCCUCCCCGGAACAUUCUCCGUUCAUACAUAAGGGAAAAACUACUGCCUGUCCAUGGCAGCCAUGAUUACUGUCCCCAUCCUGAUUAUUAUUGUAUAUCAUCAUAAUCAUCAUCAUCAGCGCUACCAUUCCCCUUUUUAAAUCUGUUUACCUGCCUGUGUGUGUGUGUGUGUGUGUGUGUGUGUGUGUGUUUGAAUGUUCUGUUCUCCUUGUUAACCUGUGAUUGUGUUGACAGCUGGUGAGUCAUAAACAGUGAAAUGAAAGAAAGAGUUACCAGUUAGAGAGGAAUUUUCUAUUUUCUCUCUCUUUCUCGUGUGUGUGUGUUGAGAGAGAUCUACAGCAUUUCAACCUGUAAACAUUCCUGAGAUAUUUUGUUAGGACGCACACACACACACACACACACUUCUGGUGCACAUGCACCGUUUUGUUAGAACAUUCCAAGUUGACUAGUUAUAGGAGUCUCUGUGAGAAAUAAAACACUGCAGUCUGAAUACACUAAACACUUCCUGAGUAAACGUGGCACUAACUUCUGUCUCACCGUCUCCAGAGCCGAUGGCACUCAGUGGGACACGUGGGGUUUUGAGCCUGUUGUGGUGUUAUCAUGAUCCCCAAGUUCCCUGAAACUGAGUGUGAGCCAGUGCACUUUACAGGCCUGGAGAGAAGUGAGGUGUCUCUACAUCCAUUUCUGAUCCGUCCCUGAACAUCUCCUGCUUGGUUAUAAUCAUGACUAAUGAAGAAUUUAUAUAUUUAUUUAGAAAUUGUUGCCCAUUUUUGGUUGUUUUUCCUUUUUUUAGUUUUAAUAGUUGUGGUGUUGAUGCAUCAUUUUCAGGCAUUCCAUUGAGUGUGUAAUGUUUUACAUGGAGCUGUAGGAUCAUACAGGAACAGGGAAAGGAGUUAAACACAGCAGGAGCAGGUUUCUGAUGAGAAGUUCUGGUGUGUUAUCUUUGUCAGAUGAAGGAGAACCUGGGCUCAUGUUAACAUCUCAUACAUCAAUGUCCCCAAACUACACAACGCUGAGGCACAGAGCAGAAUUAUGGGAUCAGGUCUGAGGAUGUGUCCCGUUCUCUAUGUUCCUAAGCCAGUGGUAUAAACUCUGCUGUCUGAGUGAGAGAUGUGAGAAAGUUCAAAUUCCUCUCAUCUUCAGCUACAUUACUGUAAGAGCACUUACCUUUGGACACAAGUUUAGAUCACACAUGCACAGAACGGGCCAGAAGUUUUAACUCUAAUCUCUCUUUGCUUGUGUGUGUGUUGUGUGUGUGUGUGUGUGUGUGUGUGUGUGUGAUCAUUGCAGAUCAGAAUUUAAUGUUGUUGUUUUUCUGCACUGAGAAAUCCUGUUUACUCGAGAUUCACUAAUAACAGAAAUGUAAAUGCAGCUGUUCAGCUCAACAAAUUGAUGAUGAUGAGAUGAGAGACAGGAAAGACAAUCUGUUUUUAUGGACUCUUAUCUCUAAUCUUUAGCUUUAGCUUGAUUAAUUGGCACUGAAUGGUAAAGGGAUUGUGGUGUCUGUAUACCGUCAGACACACAACCCCAGACUUCUUUAUUCAGUGUAGAGAAAUGAGAUUAAAUCACAAACACAGUGGAGAGAAGAUCAAAGUGAAAUAUGUGACAGACCUACAGGAUGAAAGCAGCUUCCAGCUGUCAGUCACACUUCUAGCAACAGCACAUUGUGUGUGUGUGUGUGUGUGUGUGUGUGUGUGUGAGUGAGAGAGAGAGAAAGUGAGUGAGUGAGAGAAUUUAUUAGAGAUUUAUGCGACAUUUGUCAUUAGUUAAAUGAAGUCACUAUGUUUCACCUCACUGCGCUGCUGCUGUGAUGUGUUGAUAGGACUGUCUUUGUAGUGUAGAAUCAUUAUGGUGUGUGUGUGUGUGUGUGUGUGUGUGUGUGUGUGUGUGUGUCUCUGCAGUAUCCACUAGCUAAUGCAGCCCCAGUGUAUCGGUGUUGAACCUGUCACAUACCCAUGUUAGAUGAAAUUUACUCUGUACUGAAUAAUGUGAAAGUAAAACUAUGCCAUAUACUCCA